AUGAAAAAAAAGGGAGAGAAGAGGGAGAAUUGGGGUCGAGGACGGCGGUGGAGGAGGGCGACGGAGCGUCGGGAGGUUGCUGGCGUUGGUGAUGGUGAUGGUGAUGUUGUUGUUGUUGGUUUUCUUUUAUGCAGGAGAAAGAAAAGGAAGAAAAAUAAAAAGGAGAAAGAGAGGAAAAGAGGAAAAGUAAGCUUUUGGGCCUCCCCUUUGUGGGAGGGCUUAGUCAGCAGUGCCAUCAAGCAAGCCAAAGCAAAGCAAGAAAGCAAGAAAGCAAGAAAGCAAGAAGAAGAAGAAGAAGAAGAAAGCAGCUUUUCUUUCGGGCGUUGCAGAGAGAAGAUCAAACAAUGGAUGUAG